AUGCAGAAGAUUAAUCGAGCAAUGUCGGACGAUGUCGCACAUCAAAAAGCCGGCGGUGCUGGCACUAAGCCAAAGGUCGCAACACCACAAGUUGUAGCCAAGAUUGAGCAGUACAAACGAGAUAAUCCGACCAUUUUUGCGUGGGAGAUCCGUGAACGGCUUAUCAACGAAGCCGUCUGCUCAACACCACCGUCCGUGUCGUCGAUCAAUCGAAUUUUAAGGACUAGAGCAGCGGAACGAGCUGCCGAGGAGUUGACGAUGAUUUUGAAUGCUCAACAUAUGGCAAGAGAACUUUGUCCUUUAUUAUUAUUAUUAUUAUUAUUAUUAUUAUUAUUAUUAUUAUUAUUAUUAUUAUUAUUAUUAUUAUUAUUAUUAUUAUUAUUAUUAUUAUUAUUAUUAUUAUUAUUAUUAUUAUUAUUAUUAUUAUUAUUAUUAUUGUCCCAGCAACGUCUUUCUUCCCGUAUUCCACAAAUCGGUCUACCGCCGCCAAAUUUUCCAUUCAGCUUUCCACAAGCAGUUUGGCCAAGUUUUGUACUGAAUGCUUCACUUCCCAGCCUUCCGCUUCCGCUUCUUUCCGCUUAUUCAUCCAGCGUAGCACCUCCGUCACCUGCUGAAACUGUAGCGAUGAGCGAAGAUGACGGGACGAUGAGACGAUGUGGGCGUAGCAGUUUUUCACAAGAACAACUAGAACUUCUGGAAGCUUCAUUUGCAAAGGAACCAUAUCCAAGCAUAGCGCAACGUUUGGAGUUGGUGAAGAAAACUCAAUUGCCGGAGGCCAGGAUUCAGGUCUGGUUCUCGAAUCGACGCGCCAAAUGGCGCCGAACACAACAGGAAAGCAGCGGUUCAUCAAUCGAAAGAGAAGAUGACGAGCAACCUCCAGUUUUGAAGAGAAAUAUGAGUAUCGAAUUAGAAACCUCAGUGGAACAGUCACCACCGCGGAAGAAGACUACAACAAUUUUUAAGCCCUAUGAAUGA